UCUUCUCUUUUUUCUUUUUCACCAACCCUAAAGACGCCUUUCACCAGCGCAAUAAAAAGCCUUCACCUCCUUUUUUUUUGUCUUCAUUUUCUUCCUCCUCUCAUUCUUCAUCCCGCCGCCUUCUCUGUCUCUCGAACCAGCUCAGAUGUCAGCAAUGGAUCAAGACACAGGGAUGUUCAAGGUCCAGCAAACCAUAGGAAGCGUCCUGUGCUGCAAGUGCGGCGUCCCCAUGCCUCCCAACGCAGCCAACAUGUGCGUCAACUGCCUCCGCUCGGAAGUGGACAUCACCGAAGGCCUCCAGAAGAGCAUCCAAAUCUUCUACUGCCCCGAGUGCGGCUGCUACCUCCAGCCCCCCAAGACCUGGAUCAAAGCCCAGUGGGAGUCCAAAGAGCUCCUCACCUUCUGCAUCAAACGCCUCAAGAACCUCAACAAAGUCAAGCUCAAGAACGCCGAGUUCGUCUGGACCGAGCCCCACUCCAAACGUAUCAAAAUCAAGCUCACCGUUCAAGCCGAGGUCCUCAACGGAGCUGUGCUCGAACAGUCUUACCCCGUUGAGUACACCGUUAGGGACAACCUCUGCGAGUCUUGCUCGAGGUUUCAGGCCAAUCCUGAUCAGUGGGUUGCUUCUGUGCAGCUCAGGCAGCAUGUCUCUCACAGGAGGACGUUCUUUUACCUCGAGCAGUUGAUUCUCAGGCACGACGCGGCGUCUCGAGCUAUUAGGAUCCAGCAGGUUGAUCAGGGGAUUGAUUUCUUCUUUGGGAAUAAGAGUCAUGCUAAUAGCUUUAUUGAGUUUUUGAGGAAAGUUGUUCCUAUUGAGUAUCGUCAGGACCAGCAGUUAGUCUCUCACGAUGUUAAGAGUAGUUUGUAUAACUACAAGUACACUUACUCUGUUAAGAUAUGUCCUAUCUGCCGUGAGGAUCUUAUCUGCUUGCCUUCUAAAGUCGCUAGCGGGUUGGGGAACCUCGGUCCGCUUGUUGUGUGCACGAAGGUUUCUGAUAACAUCACUAUCCUUGAUCCUAGGACCCUGAGGUGUGCGUUCUUGGACGCGAGGCAGUACUUUAGGUCCGGGUUUCGAUCUGCGUUGACCAGCAGGCAGCUUGUGAAGUACUUUGUGUUUGACGUGGAGGAACCUGUCGGCGAAGCGACUGUCGGAGGACAAAAGUACGCUCUGUCCUAUGUCCAGAUCGCGCGUGAGUCGGACCUUGGGAAUAUGUUCUACGUCCAGACUCAUCUAGGACAUAUCCUGAAGUCAGGAGACCAAGCUUUAGGGUAUGACAUCUACGGUGCGAAUGUGAACGAUGAUGAGAUGGAGAAGUAUCGUUUGAGUGUGAAGAACGGGCUUCCUGAAGCGAUUUUGAUCAAGAAAUGCUAUGACGAGCAGAGAGAGAGGAAGAGGGGGAAGCCACGUGCGUUCACGACUAAGAAGCUUCCGAUGGAGAUGGAUGAGUCGAGAGGAGGGAGAGUUGAUCCGGAGAAGAUGGAGAAUGAGUAUGAGGAGUUUUUGAGGGAUCUUGAAGAGAAUCCUGAGCUGAGGUUUAACAUAUCUUUGUACAAGAACAAGGAUUAUCAGGAGUCUGAGACUGCUUCGAUGACUGAUGGUGAAGGUGCACCGACUGUUCCGAUUGAAGAGUUGCUUGCUGAGCUUGAGCUUAGUGAAGCGGAGGAAGAAGGCGAUGAUGAAGAGGACAUGGAUGAGUAGUUUUCCUUUACCAGACACUCGAGGAUUGGGUUUGAUAUGGUUCUGUGUUUUAUUUUACUUGCUCUUUUGUUUUGUUAAAAUUUUGUUCUGAAUGUGAGCUGAUUGAUGUAAGCUCAACAGUUUUUGUUUUAGCUACUUAUCUGUCUGAAACUGUUAUGGCUAUAAUACUUUGUUUGAAUCUUAGAUUUUUGAA